AUGGCCACCGUGGUGGUUGAUGAGCAGUACUCCUGGUCGAGCGACAAGGGCACCGCGAACGACACGACUGACGCGACCGCGACCGCCGAAGGCGACGCAGGCGAUGCAGGCGAUGCAGGCGACGAGCGCCGUGCCACGAAGAGGGCCCGGCAGAGUUCCAAACGAAAGGUUGCGAAGAAAGCGCUAGUGCUUUCGGCAACUGUGUUUCCAACACCAUUGCUACCGGUUGGUCAGAAGACCUUCAUUUGCGAAGGAAACUCCUGUGACCUGGUUCGGCGAGUUUUAGUUCAUUGGGGCUGGACGGAGAGCCCUGCAGAUAGACCAACCGCCUGUCGCUUGAAAUGGACUUUUCGAUCCCGAGAUGCUGAGAAGUCUGUUUUGGAACCCUGGCAGUUGAUCAAUCACUUUCAUGGUUCCUAUUACUUGAGUAACAAAGCGUUUCUUGGCCAGUGCCUUUGGUGCUGUCCCUGCUGCUCGAAAUUCUUUCCGCGACAAUAUGACUUGCGAGAUGCCUGGGGCAUGCGAUGCUUUUUGCGGGAUUUUGUACUGACCGCAGCAGAACAAGUGUUGCGCGGUCUUGUACCAUCGCAGCCUUCAGGCAUCACGGGAAUCAGCCCCAAAGAAGUCGCCUUGCGAGUGCUGAAGCGUCACAAGGAAUGGUCGAAAGGCCACGCUGACCGGCCCGAGCGACUGCUUCGUUGCCCCCAUGAGACCGCUGUCUUGCUGGGCCGUGGGUGUUUGUUACCCCGGAAAAUCAGCAUGCAUCAGCGGGUGCAUGUGGAUGUGUUUCUCAGUCGCUCAAUGAGCCCAGAGUGUCCUGUCUGCCGGGAAGAUCCUGUCAUUCCUGGAGGUGAAGAUAGUCCCUAUCAGCAACAACACCUUGACGGACCACAAAACAUUUGGGCGCUGAAGGAGCCUUGUGUGCAGAGGGGCAAAGGCGUUACCGUCCUUUCAGGCUUGGCACAGCUGCUGGAAGACUAUGAGCAACAUCGUGCCACGGGCCAGGGUCGGGACUGCGUUGCGCAGAAGUACAUUGAGCGGCCCUUGCUGGUCGCACAGCCGUAUGGCCGUGCGAAAUGCGACCUUCGAGUGUGGGUUUUGGUGCUGGACUGGAAUCCUUUGACGGCCUUCGUGCAUCCAGAAGUGUACUUUAGAAUUGCUACCCGCCCUUUUGAAGUGGAUUCCAUGGAGCCCAAAGCGCACAAGACCAAUUGCCGUGACAACGAGAAUCGCAUACCCAUGAAGGCACUUUUCGAGUCCCUGGACAGUGGCUGCAGUGAGCGAUGGAAAACCAGGACCUGGCCUAGGCUGCUGGAUGCAAUUCGGGCCAGCCUGUUGGCCACGCGUUGCACCAUGGCACCGACAGCACGGAGUGCAGCAAAGGCCUUUGAGCUCUUCGGUCUGGACUUCGGUUUGGACGAGAGUUGGCAGCCAUGGUUGUUGGAAAUCAACACAUCACCCUGCAUGUUAGAUGACUGCAAGGGGGACUAUGAAGAGGAAAUCAAAGCCUGGGCGUGGGAAGCCACCGAGUCAUUGCUGAAACUGGUACUGGCGGUCAACGAGGGUUCCUGGAAAUUGCCAAACUUUGCAGAUUUGCAGCAGAAGGAAGCUGAAAGUGAUGCAGGACCAGUGGAAAGAGAACCAGUGGAAAGACUUUUUGAAGAGGAGCAGGUGGAGCAUCCUCACUGUUUGUCACAGAUGGUUCGAUCUGUUCCCGCCUGUUUGGCCUCGGGCCUGAGUUUGGAGGGCCCCUGUGGCCGCUGGCGCUUGAUACUACGGGAGAAGGCGUUGGAUGAGAUGUCCCUGCGGCAAGCGCAUGAGGCCUUGCAGAGGCGCAUUUUUCAGGGCAUCUCAGCAAAGGAAACUAGCGUGAGCAAAUUGCUGCGAGAAUGGUUGCUACCCUCUGAAGAGGAGCCAAUCAGCAACCAACAGGCGCUCCGGCGCAUGUCCAAGACAUGCUCCAAAAUGUCCCUCAAAAGAGCAACUAGUCAACCUGCUUGCCUUAGAUCUACGAAAGGAACCUCGACGAUCAAUUUUCGUACGAUUCCUCUCAAAGCUGGGACACUUGAAUUCUGAC